AUGGCCAUGAUGGACCCGAAUACUUGGAAUGGGCAGGACGACACUCUGCCCUCAGCGGCCGAGGAUGACUUCCAGCAGUUCCUGGAUAUGGGAGGCAUGUCGAAUCUCGGGGACGGGCUGCAGUUCGACUUUCCGGAUUUUAACGCCGCAAAUGGUGGCCCAACACUACACCCUUCCGCGGGCCACCGAGAUGACUUGGACACUCCCAUGAGUGGUACGAAUGCGCCGACUAUUGUCUCGGGAAACCACCUGGGUAUCCAGAAUCAAAUGACACCGAUAUCAUCAGGUACAGUGGUGCCUGCGCUUCACACGCAUGCUGAUGCCAUCUUGGAGAUCGAUGCGCAAAUCCAAUUCCUUCAACACCAGAGGCUCCAACAACAGCAUCGGCAACUUGAAGAGCAGCAGCGCCGGUUUGAAGAACAGCAGGCGGCAUUCUUCGCCCAGCAACAGCGGAACAUGGUCCCACCAACGCCUCAAAGCCUCAAGUUGCAGGCUGCGAGUCACUACUACACACCAGGCGACCAAACACCCCAACACUCGCAUUCGACCGGCAUGUUCGAUCGCUUUCACCGCCUGAAAGAGCAGCAAGAUAUGUCCUUCACCCCUUUGGUUUCUCCUGCCGUAACCCCUCUCGACAAACAAUUUUCGGUUGAAACACAAUACACCAUUCCAGGGGCGUAUUUCAGCCCCCUUAGCUCUCCAGCUUUACAUGCUCAGAAUGAGCCAAUGUCGAGUUUUGAACGACAACUGGGCUCCAACGCCAAUUCGCCGGGAGAGAUGGACCUCGAAACAAGCGCCAUACCGGCGACUUCGGUAGAUUUAUCCAAAAAGGUGCGGAAGAACAACGUUACCAAAGCUAGAAAGUCAAGCGUACGGCAGUCACCGAUUGCGAAGCCUCAAAGGAAAACCAAGGGCUCGACACCCAUCAUGAACGCACAGGCGUUGAGCGAGUUGGCAGAAACGGCAGCGGGUAGUAGGAAAUCAGAACGACCUGCGCAAUCAACCACAGCAUCAGCCGCAUCUACAGAUGACUCUGAAAACACGUCUGUAUCGCCGGAAGCCCUAUCAGAGAUGCCCCCUCCACCAAUACCUCAACCACCGUCAGCAAGACAAUCGCCGUACAUAUCACCUCAGAACCACAGCAGUGGUGUGGUCUCGCAUACGCUCCUGGAGUCGUUGAAUGGGAUGCCAUCCCCAGCCACGCCUGCGUCUCUCUUCAGGAUAUCUCCAAAGGGCAAGUCUGCCGACGGUAGCUAUCCAGGUCAAAUUGCAUCCGAACAAAUCGAAAACUUUGAGCUGCCCGAGUCGGCCAGUUUCCCAAGGCUCGCACUGCCACAGCUAAACACACGGGUCGAAGAACAGUUACCGCUCGAGGUAGAGACAUCCCAGGCUUCGGCUUUACCGUCACUACUGUCGCCCUCAUUUCCGAAGCCUAUGCGGCCAACGUCUUCAAGUAAAAGCCCCCAAAUUGGCCCCAAACCGGCAACUCCGAUUUUGAGAAAAACGCCCGUUAUUGCCCCACGUGGUAGCAAGAAAAGGGGAAGCGUGAGCUCUGUACAAAUUUCUCCAGCUUUAUUGCCAAGGAUAUCUCCAAACAUCAAACCUCUACUCCCGGGGACGCCAGGCAUGCAAGACAUAUCAGCCGGGGAUUCUGCGUCUCGUCUUCUAGCCUCAAAAUCCAAUUACCAGAACAUACUUGAAGGUAACAAGGUCCCCGGCGUGUCAUAUCCAAGCGAGCUGUCAACAAACUUGACAUCGAAACGAACAUCGCAUAAGAUUGCUGAGCAGGGCAGACGGAACCGUAUCAACAUGGCCCUUCAGGAAAUCGCCACAUUGCUUCCCAUAAGUGUAACCAAGGACAUGAAAGAGGAUGAAGCCGAGAGCCCAGGAGGCGACAAGAAGGACGGGAAGUCAUCGAGUGGCCCCAACAGCAAGGCCAGUACCGUUGAGAUGGCCAUUGUCUACAUCAAGCAACUGCAACAGGAGGUGAUGGAAGCAAACAAGAGAGCGGAGGAGGCUGAGAAAAAGCUGAGUGCAGCAGCUACGUAG